AUGUCCACUAAGCAACGCAAUUUGGAUGGAAAAACAGCCAUCGUUACAGGGUCAUCCAGAGGAAUCGGUGCAGGAAUAGCAAUUGAACUCGCAGAGCGUGGAGUUCGUGUCGUUGUCAACCAUGUUUCUCCCAGAAGCGCAAAGUCAGGAGAACAGGUUGUAGAGAAGAUCACAGCAGCGGGCAGAACAGCUCUGCUGGUCCAAGCAGACCUCGCUUCGAUGGAUGGAAUACAGAAGCUUGUUCAAGAAACCGUGAAUUUCAGUCUUGACAAGAAAAUCGACAUUGUCGUGCACAAUGCUGCGUUUGGUGACGAUUGUUACCUGGAAGACGUAACUGAAGAAUUCUACUAUAAACAGACGGACACGAAUCUGAAAGGGCCCAUAUUUCUCACGCAGGCCAUACUGCCUCACCUUACAACAUCCGGCGGCCGAAUUGUUCUGCUUUCAUCGAUCUCUGCCCGCAUGGCAUUUACAUCGCAAACAGUCUACGCAGCAACAAAAGCCGGAUGUGAAGCUCUUGCUCGGUGUUGGUCCGCGGCACUGGGCAAAAAAUAUGGUGCCACCGUGAAUUGCGUGAAUCCCGGCCCAGUUGGGACGGAGAUGUAUUGGGAAAGUGAUCCUGAAUUCCUCAAAUCAAUGGAGCCUAUCAUUGAAGCAACGCCUGCCGCUCCUCGAGUAGGAGAGGUAUCUGAUAUCGUGCCAUUGGUUGCUCGUGUUGAUACUCAAGCUCUUUGUUAUGAGUCUGAAUUCAGUCAGUCUCUAGGACAAGAAGAAAUUUUCUCUACUAGACUUACAAAAUCGGCCCAGGAAAGUGUUGACCCAAGUAGUUCUGGAUUCGCAUCCCUUGCAGCCCAAAUGCGAUUUUGCUAUUACAUUCUUCCACCUCCUCCCGGUCCGCGGGUAGAAAAUCUCGCCUGA